AUGGCCAUCGAUCAGCUCAAGCGAGCUUGUACAGUUGUGCUUCACGAUGACAGCAUCUCCACGGACGAUGUACUCUCUGGCUCAAAAGUCCUACCGACUGGCAUGUUGGCUCGUCUCCAAGCCUCUGGUGCAAGACCAUUGUUCUUCAUCGCGGUCGCAGCAGCUCGCAACCCAGACGAAAUUUCAGUCCACACAACUCUGGCUCAACAUUUCGGGAUUGAGAACCGCUCUGCUGGAACAGUGGAAGUCCUCGAAGACGAAAGUGUGGCGACUGCGACCCACGUCGAACUCUUCUUCCGCGACCAGAACCUCUCACGGGCUGAUAUGUGGCAAAUUUCACACCGUCUGAAUCACACGGUCGUCUACCAAGGCCAGAAGAUACAAUAUCUAGGUUCAACUGUGGCUGAGAUUCGCCAAGUCUAUGUUUCUGGCAAGGAAGUGCUGUCUGCUUAUGCUGUGCGAGGCAAGACUAAGCCUAUCUACAGAAGUGGAAGUGCGAGGUACACAAUCCUCAUCCAAAUCUCGAAAGAGAUGUUAGAAUACUGGCUCGAUGGCGAUCUGAUGUAUGAACGAGUCAUUGACGGCUUCUUACCUGAGCUCUUUCGCAGGUGGGAAGAGCUGAAAGUGCGUCACCAGGUCUCCGUCGUGCUGUUUGGACGCUCGCUUGACCAACACGAAAAGGACUUCUAUCAUGUUAUUGCUUCAGACGUAUCUAGCAGCAAUUGGCGUGAUCUUUGCAGAAGUCUGAAGCGUGCAUUCAACGGCAAUGCGAUACCCAGAGAUGUGACGCUGGCAGCACGUGGCAGCAUGGUGGAAGCCAUACACAUGUCGGCAAUGGACUUCGCGAACGACAAUAUCGAUCCUCACCUCAGCGGUAGAGGCACAUCAAUCAUUGCUAUCACUGCGGGCACUGGCCUCUUCGGAACGACCCACGGUUUGCUUAAAAGCACUACACAUCUCUUGAUGGGCAACAGUAUAGGUGUUGAUAUUGUGGCGUUGUCGCCAAAGCCGUUGCAUCCUGUACCACUUUUCAGCUAUCAGAGAGAUGGGCAGUGGGAAUAUGCUCUCCCACACUGGGUGGAUAUAUCUUUCUGGCAGGGCCAGUGUUCAGUCCAUGCAGCGAGUUUCCUUAUGCCGGAGACUGUAGGAGAGGUUGACGAGAUCGCCCUGCCGCUGCUUACAGAUUCUGCCGGAGGCGACAGCUCGCAGAUGACACAGUUCAUGGACAAUUAUAAUGCCAAUGUAUUCGGAGACCAGUCGACAAGUAUGCAGCUUGUGGUGACGCAAACAGCGCAACUUCAUGCCGACAAGAAGCUGUCUCAGCCACCGAGCGUAGUAGAUCAGACCUCAGCGCUACCCAACCCACUCUUGACCACGCCAACCCUUAGUAAGCCACCUAUCUCGAGCAUAGGCACGUUGAAAGCACGGGCGAGAGAUCUUCCAUCUCGCGCAUCAUCGAGCAGUAUGACAGACCCAUUCUCACUGCUGGCAUCGAAUCGCAAAAUCAGCCUUGGACCGAAAGGUCUAGCACCCAGCCGUGGGCUUGCCACAACAACACUGUCAGUAGAGCCUGCACAACAAGCUAGAGAAGAGGCAGGCAGUACACCUUUCUCGCCUGACGAAGGACCGAGUGGCAUAGCACGACAAAUUCGACAAUCUCUGGCACGCAAGUCCUCUCAGCAGAGCCUCGUAUCGGUGCCUGCCCUUGCACCUGCCGAGCUAAGCCGACCCAUCGACAUUAUGCACGGGCAUCCUACGAUCAGCGAAGCUCCAUCAGAUCCUGCCAGUCUAAUCGAGCGCAAAGUUCUGGGCACACUCUCGGGAUCGGAGUUUGGUAAUAGUGCAGUUGACUCUUUCGGCACGCCUACAGCUAAAAAGGACGUAUUCUACGCCGCGAUAAAAGCAGCGGAGCAAGAAGGCAAUUGGAAUACUUCACCGUGGCUGAAUUUACUAAAUCCUUGCAAUCCGACUCGCGAGAACAUGCGAGUAGCUGCACAGUACCGCAAAUGGCAGCACGUCUUCCCACGUGCGAUUAGCUCCGCAGACUUUAAAUGGACUUCUAUGUGCACACCAGCUGCGCUGCCACUGUCGACUGAGUACAAGCCUUCGCAUCGUGAGCUGGAGAGACACUUCUCGAAGAAAGUGCGGCGGCUUCUUGCGCCAACCCGAAAUGGCUGGCCAGAUACUGGUUCAGGACAUACGGAGGUGCAGCUCAUCAAACUUCGACUUGCGCAUGGCUUUCAGCUGGCGUCUGUAACUUCGAGCACAUAUUCGCCAGCAAAUGACUUCGAUCGCAUUCUCAUGUCAAGAGGGAAUGUACAUCACGAGUUCCAGCGCCUGUCAGAUGCUGAGCUGCAAAUUGUCGAAUACGAACUGAGCUUAGACGAUGAGGACGCCGCACCAGACGUAGCUGAGUACUCGACUCGGGUGCGCUCUGCAGCGUCGGACAAGGUCAAUAAUGUGGCAAUCUCACUAUCUCCGGAGCGUCAGGAGCCCAACUGGUCACAGCUUGAUGAUCAGGUCAUUGCGCACGAUCCGUUGCACACCGAGCUUCAUAGCUCUCGUAUGCGCCUGGUUCUGAUACCCGUUGAGCCACCACGACAAGGACAUAUCACCCCAGGUCCCGCUCGCGGACUGUCAGACGAAGAACGCCGCAUUGAUGGUAUCCAGAAGCUCACACAAUUAUGGCAGCGAAAUCGCUACUUCAAGCCUGAGGAGCUGCGACAACAGGCGUCGUUCGUGCGACCGCGAGCCACGCCAGUAGUGUCCGCUCGUGACCCGAAUCCGCUUGCCAUUGAGUAUCAGACUAGAGAUCCUAGUGCUGUAGUCAACGCCUACGGGCCAACCUUGACGAAACAACUCGAUGGUGCGGAAUCCGCAGGACCGCUCUUCGCGGAGUCUGAGAUGUACCACAGCAGUAACUUCGACACAGCAAAGCUUGUCAAACAGCUGCAAGAACCACCACCGCAUGGUGUAGAGGUCCGAGAUCGAAGAUGGCUUACUCGUUUGCACUUCAAGUGCUUUCGUGGUGACGAAAUGGUGAACUGGCUUCUCCGCGUAUUCAAGGAUUUGACGACAAGAGACGAUGCGAUCGAGAUUGGUAACCAGCUCAUGGGCCGUGGCAUCUUCUCCCACGUGAGAGCCAAGCAUGAGUUCCGAGACGGCAACUACUUCUACCAAAUCUCCAGCAGUCACCGCACUACCGAGUAUCCCGAUAAUGCAAGUAUGUUUGGCAGGGUCUCCCUGAGAUCCUUGCCAGCCACGCCCAUGGUCGAGCACAAUCACUCGCCUCUGCUGAAGCCAAUCUACGAAGACGCCGCUUCGUCAUCAGGUAAGCCGACACCUACAUUAGCAGCUGUAGACAAGAAAGAGAUCUUGCUCAGUCAGCAGAUGCUUUACAAUGUCGAUGCUGGAAAGAAGUCAGAUCAGCUUGAGAUUGUGAGCCUACACUAUGAUCGCAUCCACAAUCCAGAGAACUGCUAUCACAUACAGCUUGAGUGGGUUAAUACCACUACUGUCCUCAUUCGCGACUCUAUCAACCGUUGGACUGCGCUGGCAGAAGGCCACGGGCUAAAGCUGGUGCAAGUACCACUUAUCGAGGCGAGCAAGAUGCACCUGCAGCAUCCUUUCGAUCAAUGCAUCAAGGUGAUCCUCGCCACUCGACCACCAGAUAAGGCAAUCGCAACGCCACUCCUUGACGCUCACAUGAUGAGCCCUCGUCUACGCAUGCCAGUGGUGGAUUCGAUUGUGUAUCGUAAAGCUUUGUUACGCACACUUGACUUUGUGCUUGAUCUCGAAGCUGCAUCUAGCUUCAGCGCCGAACUGGAUGUGCGAUAUUCGUGGGGCGCACCAGAGUACAUGUAUACUCAGUUUGUGCACAAAUCUGGACUUCUGCUCGCUCAACUACCAGGAUCACGCCGUGAUUCUGCUAUCAGUGACAGCAAGGGCUGGGAUAUCUUAUUGCUGCCAAACCGCUUAGCUUCAGCUUCAUCGAGACACGUGAUAGCAUCAUCUAGGCACGCAGAAAGUAGCGAGUCGACCGAACAAUUGGUGAAGCGUAUCGUCGCUUUCUGCGAAGACCAGGGUAGACUGAAGACGUUCUAUGAGGAAGUGAUGACGGUGAAGGCAGGACCUCCAUCAAGUCCUUGGACGGCAAUGGAGAGUCUGGCAGGGAACCUGGAUGGAGAUAUCCCGCCCAUGUUGUUGCCACCUAGGCUAGGUCAUCGUAGCAUGCUGAAGAAUAUUGGGUAG